CCCAAGAUGGCGGCGGCGCUGGAGGCCCUGGGCCUGUGACCACAAAGAGGGAGCCGGGGGCCGGACCGGAGCGCGGCGGCGGCGGCGGCGGCGGCCGAGGCCGAGGCCAGGCCCCCUCUCCUCAGCCUCCCGCCCCUCCCUCCCGCCCGCCCUCCUCCGCCCACCGGCGGCCCCGCCCCUCCCCCAACCGCCCGCCUAGCAUGGUGCGGCGGCCGCGCGCGCGGACAUGGGGGAGAAGCUGGAGCUGAGGCUCAAGUCGCCCGUGGGGGCCGAGCCCGCCGUCUACCCGUGGCCGCUACCGGUCUACGACAAACAUCAUGAUGCUGCUCAUGAAAUCAUCGAGACCAUCCGAUGGGUCUGUGAAGAAAUCCCAGAUCUCAAGCUCGCUAUGGAGAAUUACGUUUUAAUUGACUAUGACACCAAAAGCUUUGAGAGCAUGCAGAGGCUCUGUGACAAGUACAACCGUGCCAUCGACAGCAUCCACCAGCUGUGGAAGGGCACCACGCAACCCAUGAAGCUGAACACGCGGCCGUCCACCGGGCUUCUGCGCCACAUCCUGCAGCAGGUCUACAACCACUCGGUGACCGACCCUGAGAAGCUCAACAACUACGAGCCCUUCUCCCCCGAGGUGUACGGGGAGACCUCCUUCGACCUGGUGGCCCAGAUGAUCGACGAGAUCAAGAUGACCGACGAUGACCUGUUUGUGGACCUAGGGAGCGGUGUGGGCCAGGUUGUGCUCCAGGUCGCCGCCGCCACCAACUGCAAACAUCACUAUGGCGUCGAGAAAGCAGACAUCCCGGCCAAGUAUGCGGAGACCAUGGACCGCGAGUUCAGGAAGUGGAUGAAAUGGUAUGGAAAAAAGCAUGCAGAAUACACAUUGGAGAGAGGCGAUUUCCUCUCGGAAGAGUGGAGGGAGCGAAUUGCCAACACGAGUGUUAUAUUUGUGAAUAACUUUGCCUUUGGUCCUGAGGUGGAUCACCAGCUGAAGGAGCGGUUUGCAAACAUGAAGGAAGGUAAGGCGCCCUCCUCGUCGGUCCGUGUUGUUGUGACAUGGUUGAGGAAGGGUGGCCUGGGGGUCCCUGCAGGGUGUCCUGCAGAAGGCAGCUCAGGCUUGGGGUCCUUAGUCCCCCAGGAGCCAGGUGGUCCUUCUUCAUUCUUUUUUUUUCUUUUUUUAGAAGGCAGCCUUGGCUGCCUCAGUUCUGUUACCUCCUCCGUGGUCCCCGUCCCCGCUGCCCUAGAAUGCAUCUUCUGGCUGUAUCUCGCCAGCUUUCUCCGCACGCUCAGCCGCGGCGGCCUCUGUGGGCUACUGUGGUCUGACUCAGUGUGGGAGGAGAGGGAGGACGUGUGCAGCUCAGGGUUCUGUCCCCUGGCUCGCCCUUGGUGGGUGAGGCGGGCGUGGAGGGGCUGCGGGUGGGCUCGGGCCUCACCUUGGUCUGUGGCUCCCGCAGACAUCGGCACCAUCAUGCGUGUGGUGGAGCUAUCGCCCCUCAAGGGCUCGGUGUCAUGGACGGGGAAGCCGGUGUCGUACUACCUGCACACUAUUGACCGCACCAUACUUGAAAAUUAUUUUUCUAGUCUGAAAAACCCAAAACUCAGGGAGGAACAGGAGGCAGCCCGGCGCCGCCAGCAGCGCGAGGGCAAGAGCAACGCGGCCACGCCCACCAAGGGUCCCGAGGGCAAGGCAGCUGGCCCUGCCGAAGCCCCCAUGGACUCUGGUGCUGAGGAAGAGAAGGCGGGAGCAGCCACCGUGAAGAAGCCGUCUCCCUCCAAAGCCCGCAAGAAGAAGCUGAACAAGAAGGGGAGGAAGAUGGCAGGCCGCAAGCGUGGGCGCCCCAAGAAGAUGAACACUGCGAACCCCGAGCGGAAGCCCAAGAAGAACCAAACUGCACUGGAUCUCCUACACGCGCAGACCGUGUCUCAGACGGCGGCCUCCUCGCCCCAGGAUGCCUACAGGUCCCCUCACAGCCCGUUCUACCAGCUACCUCCAAGCGUGCAGCGGCACUCCCCCAACCCGCUGCUGGUGGCGCCCACCCCACCCGCACUACAGAAGCUGCUAGAGUCCUUCAGGAUCCAGUACCUGCAGUUCCUGGCGUACACGAAGACCCCCCAGUACAAGGCCAGCCUGCAGGAGCUGCUGGGCCAGGAGAAGGAGAAGAACGCCCAGCUCCUGGGCACGGCUCAGCAGCUCCUCAGCCACUGCCAGGCCCAGAAGGAGGAGAUCAGGAGGCUGUUCCAGCAGAAGCUGGAUGAGCUGGGUGUGAAGGCGCUGACCUACAACGACCUGAUUCAAGCGCAGAAGGAGAUCUCCGCCCAUAACCAGCAGCUGCGGGAGCAGUCGGAGCAGCUGGAGCAGGACAACCGCACGCUCCGCAGUCAGAGCCUGCAGCUGCUCAAGGCUCGCUGUGAGGAGCUACAGCUGGACUGGGCCACGCUGUCCCUGGAGAAGCUGCUGAAGGAGAAGCAGGCCCUGAAGAGCCAGAUCUCAGAGAAGCAGAGGCACUGCCUGGAGCUGCAGAUCAGCAUCGUGGAGCUGGAGAAGAGCCAGCGGCAGCAGGAGCUCCUGCAGCUCAAGUCCUGUGUGCCACCAGACGACACCCUGGCCCUGCACCUGCGCGGGAAGGGCACCCUGGGCCGCGAGCUGGAGCCUGACGCCGGUCGGCUGCAUCUGGAGCUGGACUGCGCCAAGUUCUCGCUGCCUCACUUGAGCAGCAUGAGCCCAGAGCUCUCCAUGAAUGGCCAUACUCCCAGCUAUGAGCUCUGCAGCGCGCUGAGCCGGCCCUCGCCCAAGCAGAACACGCCCCAGUACCUGGCCUCACCCCUAGACCAGGAGGUGGUACCCUGCACCCCCAGCCACGGCGGCCGUCCGCGCGUGGAGAAGCUGUCUGGCCUGGCUGUGCCCGAGUACACCGGGCUGUCCCCGGCCAAGAUUGUGCUGAGGCGGCACCUCAGCCAGGACCACACGGUGCCAGGCAGGCCGGCCGCCAGCGAGCUGCACCCGAGAGCUGAGCACACCAAGGAGAAUGGCCUUCCCUACCAGAGCCCCAGCGUGCCCAGCAGCAUGAAGCUGAGCCCCCAGGACCCACGGCCCCCAUCCCCUGGGACCCUGCAGCUUGCUGGAGAGAAGAGCAGUGAGAAGGGCCUGAGAGAGCGUGCCUACAGCAGCGGCGGGGAGCCCAUCACCAGCCUGCCCAUCAGCAUCCCACUCAGCACCGUGCAGCCGAACAAGCUCCCGGUCAGCAUCCCCCUGGCCAGCGUGGUGCUGCCCAGCCGCGCUGAGAGGGUGAGAAGCACCCCCAGUCCUGUGCUGCAGCCCCGAGACCCCUCGUCCACACUUGAAAAGCAUAUUGGUGCUAAUGCCCACAGUGCUGGGAGCAAAAGCCUUGCCCUGGCCCCUGCAGGCUUCUCCUAUGCUGGCUCGGUGGCUAUCAGCGGGACCCUGGCAGGCAGCCCAGCCUCUCUCGCCCCUGGAGCUGAGCCCGCCGCCUUGGAUGAGUCCUCCAGCUCUGGGAGUCUGUUUGCCACUGUGGGGUCCCGCAGCUCCACGCCACAGCAUCCCCUGCUGCUGGCACAGCCCCGGAACUCGCGCCCGGCCUCUCCCGCCCACCAGCUCUCCUCCAGCCCCCUGCUCAGUGGGGCUGCCCACGGCCCGCUCCCCGAGGCCAGCAAGGGGGACCUGCCCUCCGAUUCCGGCUUCUCAGAUCCGGAGAGCGAGGCCAAGAGGAGGAUCGUGUUCACCAUCGCCACCGGCGCGGGCGGCACCAAGCAGUCGCCUUCCAGCAAACACAGCCCCCUGACCGCCAGCGCCCGCGGGGACUGUGUGCCGAGCCACGGCCAGGACAGCCGCAAGCGUGGCCGGCGGAAGCGAGCGUCAACGGGGACACCCAGCUUGACCGCAGGCGUGUCCCCCAAGCGCCGAGCCCUGCCGUCUGUCGCUGGUCUUUUCACGCAGCCUUCAGGGUCUCCUCUAAACCUCAACUCCAUGGUCAAUAACAUCAACCAGCCCCUGGAGAUUACGGCCAUCUCAUCCCCUGAGACCUCCCUGAAGAGCUCCCCUGUGCCCUACCAGGACCACGAUCAGCCCCCCGUGCUCAAGAAAGAGCGGCCCCUGAGCCACACCAAUGGGGCGCAUUACUCCCCGCUCACCUCCGACGAGGAGCCAGGCUCUGAGGACGAGCCCAGCAGCGCCCGAAUUGAGAGAAAAAUUGCAACAAUCUCCUUAGAAAGCAAAUCUCCCCCCAAAACCUUGGAAAAUGGUGGUGGCGUGGCGGGAAGGAGGCCCACGCCGGCAGGCAGGCCAGUCAAUAGCAGCAAGUGGAAGUCCACCUUCUCGCCGAUCUCCGACAUCGGCCUGGCCAAGGCUGCGGACAGCCCCCUGCAGGCCGGCCCCACCCUGAGCCAGAGCUCCCUGUUCGCGUUCCGGCCUGCCCUGGAGGAGACCCCCGCCGAUGCCAAGCUGGCUGCCCACCCCAGGAAAGGCUUUCCCGGCUCCCUGUCAGGGGCCGACGGACUCAGCCCCAGCACCAACCCUGCGAACUGCUGCACCUUCGGCGGGGGCCUGGCCGCUGAGCUGAGUUCACACGGCUUCAGUGAUGGUGCUUCUGUCCCCCACAAGGGCCCCGAGGCGGCCGGCCUGAGCUCCCCGCUGGGCUUCCCCUCGCAGCGCACCAAGGAGGCCUCGGACGCCAACCCUUUCCUGAGCAAGAGGCAGCUAGACGGCCUGGCCGGGCUGAAGGGCGAGGGUGGCCGCGGCAAGGAGGUGGGGGAGGGAGGCCUGCCGCUGUGCGGCCCCGCGGACAAAAGUGCGCUGCCCGCCGGCAAGGCCGCCAAGGCCCGGGACCGUGAGCUCGACCUCAAGAACGGCCACAACCUCUUCAUCUCCGCGGCCGCGGUGCCUCCCGGAGGCCUCCUCAGCGGCCCGGUCCUGGCCCCGGCGGCGUCCUCUGCAGGCGGCUCUGGGUCCUCCACCCAGACACACCGGCCCUUCCUGGGCCCCUUCCCGCCAGGGCCGCAGUUCGCGCUGGGCCCCAUGGCCCUGCAGGCCAAUCUGAGCUCCGUGGCCGGCUCCUCCGUGCUGCAGUCGCUCUUCAGCUCUGUGCCGGCCGCCGCUGGCCUGGUGCACGUGUCGUCCGCUGCCACCAGACUCACCAACUCGCACACCAUUGGCAGCUUUUCCGGGGUGGCAGGCAGCACAGUUGGAGGUGUCUUUAACCACGCGGUGCCUUCCGCCUCUGCUCAUCCGUUUGGAGCCCGUGUCGGCCGCGGGGCUGCGUGUGGCAGUGCCACGCUGGGCCCGAGCCCGCUGCAGGCGGCGGCCAGCGCCUCGGCCUCUUCCUUUCAGGCCCCGGCCUCGGUUGAGACCCGGCCGCCCCCUCCGCCUCCGCCUCCCCCGCUGCCCCCGCCUGCGCACCUGGGCCGGCCCCCCGCGGGGCCUCCCAUCCUCCACGCUCUCCCACCUAACGCCGCCUUGCCUCCUCCCCCAACGCUGCUGGCCUCUAACCCUGAGCCCGUGCUUCUGCAGAGCCUCGCGUCCCUCCCGCCUAACCAAGCUUUCUUGCCCCCCGCCUCUGCUGCCUCUCUGCCGCCUGCUAAUGCCUCUUUGUCUAUCAAGCUCACCUCCCUCCCGCACAAGGGCGCCCGCCCCUCCUUCACGGUGCACCACCAGCCCCUGCCCCGGCUGGCCCUGGCACAGGCCGCGCCCGGGAUCCCGCAGGCCAGCGCCACGGGGCCGUCCGCUGUGUGGGUGUCCCUUGGCAUGCCGCCUCCUUAUGCCGCGCACCUUUCAGGGGUUAAGCCGCGAUAAAGACCUUGCUUAGCUAGCAGUGCGUAUUGUGUAAGGUAAGGCCAGAGCCCCGCGCGGUGGCUCCCUCCAGACACUGAACUGUCCUUCCUUUGGCAGAGAAGAUGGCCCACAGGGCUCGGCAGAAGGGCCGGGGGUCCUGAGGAGGGAAGCGAGAGGAGGGACUGCAGGACGGGCGCUGGCCAUGGCGUGGCCUGAGCGUGUUGGCUUCCAGCUGCCCACAGCUGGGUACCUGCGGUGAUGCCGCAGGACGGAGGCCAGCCCUGGGGGCAGCUGUGCCAGCCCCUGUGGGUGAGGCUCACGGGGUGCCGUGCCAAGGAUGGGUGCAGCCCCUCAGGGGGCUGGGAGUAGCCUCCAGGGCUCCAUCUGCACCAGGCCCAGGUCACUCGGGACAGGUGGCGUGGUGCGGUGUCAGCUGCAGAGGUCCUGGGAAGCCAGGUUGGCAGGACGGACGCCUCUGGUCAGGGCUGUCUGGCUGAUGGCCUCGGAUACCUCUCAUAGGGAGCCGGUGAGGCCCCUGGUAUCCCGCCUGCCUGGGGGGCUGAUGGGUUCCCAGUGGGGCUGAGAGGCGAGCUCUGUGCCCUGCGUGAUGGGGCUGCCCCCGGGACACGGCCGAUGGCGGCCGCACUGCUCUGUGGCUGUGGCCGAAAGCCGAGGGCUUCCAGCCACUCGGACGUCAGCACUGAGGUGCACAGGCUAACGUAGAUAGCGCCCGCCUUUGCACCAGGGGAAGUGGGAGGCAGGAGUGAGUUUGUGGCCGUGAGGCCUUCAGGGAACGUCCGAGCCACCCGUCCUCUGAGAGGUGGUGGAAACUGGCUGCUGACCCCCGAGGGUAGUUGGCCACCUGUGCCCUCCGGGGACAUGGCGUGCCGGGCAGUGAAGUGCAAAGGUGCCCUCUGCUUGCCCCUGACCUUCUGCCUCAGGGGGCCCUGGGACGCAGGCCUUCAUGGGCAAGCCCACAUCUCGCUGGGGCAAGGAGAGGUGGACUGGUAGCCGAGGCGGAGGCAGGGCCGGAGCUGGUUGGCCUGGCCUGCCCUGCAGUGUGCUGAAUAGAAGGAGGAGCGGGCCUGGCGGGUCAGGGCGGGCACCUGUGGGCGGGAUGGGCUCCUACAGGUCCCACAGGUCCCAUAGGAGAUGUGCUGCAGGUAGGGUGGCCUUAGUGGGACUUGGCUGUGCGUCUCUGGAGGAAGGCCGGAGCUUGGCUGGCGUGGCCAGGUGUCAGGCUCCCCGGGCCUGCUGUGGCUGGAGGGGCCAGCGCCCUGCCUGUCACGGUGCUGGCCCCAGGUGGCGAGUGUGCUCGUGGGAGGCCUCGGUCCCCGGCCCGGGUGAGUGUCAGGCUCCCCAGGCGUGAGGGUGACAGACUGCCCUUCCCACUGUGCCCUCCUGCAGGUAACUAGGAUUUCUACCUCAACCGCGAGACCUAUGCAAGGACGGUGUGGACCAACUGCGCCCGCGGCACCUGCCCGCCGGCCUCCCACCCUGAUGGCAGAGGCGAGGACGACGGGGCUCCACUGUGAAUCGGCGGCGCGCGCCACAGGAGGCUGGGACUGGUCCAGUUUGUACUGUCGAUAGUUUUAGAUAAAGUAUUUAUCGUUUUUUAAAAAGUAUAAACAAUUCUGACUUAUUUUAUUCCAUCUAAGUGGUAAAGGCAACUUAUUGAGAAAUAUAAAUAUCUAUAUAUGAGAGAUCUAUAUAAAGACACGUGUCUGCAGGGCGGGCCCGCCAGCGGAUUCGCCGACAGCCUGCCCCGGUGCUAUCUCGUCCCCAGGCCUGCGCCUGCCUCCGCCCGCUUGGUGCUGACUAGACGCUGACGACGCCGAACCCCGUCCUCGGAAACGCCGCCCGGCCGGCCCCCCCGACGACGCACUGCUCCCGUACCAAAGGCAGGCCCGCCGCUGCCACAUUCCUCGGAGGCCCCCCGUGGCCUGAGCCCCUUCCCGAGCCCCUAGCGCCUGCGCUGAGCGCUCCACCCCCGCCCUGUCACUGUGAACCCCGGACUGUUCACCCCACGGGGCCUGGGUGGUGCCCUUGCGUGGGGGGCCCGCGCCGUGCGCUGCGAUGGUGCUGUGAGGACGGCAGGCGCCGUACAAGUGCAUUUACUUUUGUAUUUCUCGGCUUCCGUGGCUCGCAGCGCGCCCUGCGACACGGGCAGGCCUGUCGAGGGUCCCCUGGUGUUUCUGUACAGGAGAGAGUCACACUAAUGAGUGGCAGUAUUUUAUAGAGAUGUGAUAAGAAUUUAUAAAUUUCAUAGAUUUA